CCAUUAGAAUCCACACAGCUCGCACCACAAGGCACAUACACAUAACACCAAUAAAAUCUCUUGGAUCAAUCGAGAAGAUGGCCUCCUCCUCCAGGAUGCUCACGGUGGUGGUGCUGGCGGCGCUGGUCGCCGGUGCGAUGUGCGCCGUGAGGGUGAAGUUGACGGUGGAGAAGGGGUCCGACAAAAAGAAGCUGGCGCUCAAGAUCGACUACACAAGGCCAGGCGACAGCCUGUCAGAGGUGGAGCUCCGGCAGCACGGCUCAGAGGAGUGGCAGCCGUUGACCAAGAAGGGCGACGUGUGGGAGGUCUCGUGCUCCAAGCCACUGGUUGGCCCCUUCAACUUCCGCUUCUUGUCCAAGAAUGGCAUGAAGAACGUCUUCGACGAGGUCUUCUCCACCGAUUUCAAUUAUUUAUCAAGGAUGAUUGGUCUCCCCCUGCAGAACGCAUGCUCUGUUGUUGAGAUUGUUUAUUAGGAGCGGUAAGCAAAUCAGUACAAAUUCUAACUGGAUUUAAAUUUCAAAAAAUAAGUUACGGAGGUGCAAAAUAGAUAUGAAUUUUAUUUGAUCACAUGGAUAUCCUUUGUUUUCUAAUAUAAUGAAAGAAAAUGUUUGUAA